AUGGAUAUGUUGAAAAACUAUCGCAGUAUGAGCGGUAACACGUUUGAAUCGAUUGUUCCAAACUUACCAGCCAACUAUACGACAGAGUGUUGCCAAGAUUAUUCUUGUCCAAAUCAAUGUUACCCUCAUAUCUAUCAAGCGCCUCCAUCCCCUAUAGUUGUUCCCGCUAGAACAUUCUACGAGCCAGUCGUUCACAACCACCCGCCUCUCCACGUCAUCAAGAAGAUAAUCGCCAGAGAUAAAAUGAAAUGGAGAUAUCAUUCAAGCAGCGAGGAGGUCACCUCCAGUGACACAGAUGAUUCGGAUACCAGCACAGACUACUCGAGCCUCGCUCUACGGUGGCGGCCAGCCUCCCUAUCUCUUUCCGCCACCUCCUUUGCGAGCAUCACAGCCUCGCAAAAGGUGGCAACGGCACAUCACCCUGACUCGCUCCCUACCAUAGCACACACUACAGUGGGAAGCGAGAGAUUUCCCGCAUCACCUAUAGUCCAAACAAGUCACGGCGCCGCUCGGUCCAAGCUGGGCACUCCGCCAACGUAUGCAGCGCCGUAUCAUUGCGGCCGUCACCACAAUGGUGGCACUGGGACGUCUGCUCCCGGCCUAUGCGACAAAGCAAAUUAUGUUCUGAUGGCCCUAGGAAUACUGUUUGUGGUACUACCGAUUGUAACUCUCUUUGUGGAUCCAGUGCUUAUGGCAAUGAAAUAUUUAACUCGUAUGUCAGUGGGCUCGAAAAUAUACACGAUGAUGAAGGAGGAAAUUCCAGGAGCGCUUAUUAACGUUUAUAUUUUCAAUAUAACCAACGGAGAAGCCUUCGUCUCCGGCGAGGAUUAUAAACUGAAAGUUGAACAAGUUGGACCUUUUGUUUAUCAGGAGUUCCGUACAAACGAAGGCUUUGAAAUUGAUGAGGAAGCGGGUGUAAUGCGUUACACCCCCAUUGCUGCCGCGCGGUUCAUGCCGGAACAAUCUAUCGCCGACCCACGACACGUCAAUAUUACUGUUAUCAAUACUAUAAUGCUUGCACUAGCAUCUAUGUUGAGUUCCUAUUCUAUAUUUGGAAAAUCUGGCUACAAUUUGUUAAUAAAUCAACUACAGUCGAAACCAUUCCUCAACAUUGAUGUGGACAGCUAUUUUUGGGGGUAUGAUGACCCACUAAUUGCUUUAGGCAACACCCUUAUGCCAGGAUGGAUUACCUUCCAAAGAUUGGGUAUUUUAGAUAGGUUAUACGACCCAGCGGCCGUCCCGCGACUGGAACUUGGAAUCCAUGACGAAGAUAAGUUUAAUAUAAGGACCGCGAACGGAUGUCCCGGCCUCAAGGUAUGGCAAUACGAAAAUCCUUCAAAACGUUCUCGAUGCAAUACUUUCACUGACGCCUAUGAGGGCUUUGCCUUCCCCCCAGGACUCACUCCUGACCGAGCUCUCAGACUGUAUCGUAACGUGUUCUGUCGGAUGCUAGAGCUGAGGUUCGUUGACACUAAGCCACUGGACUUCGGUCCUGAAAGUUUCGUAUACCAAAUCAGAAACGAUAGUUUUGCUGUCAACGCGGAAACCAACUGUCUCUGCGGCGAAUAUGGUUGCGCCGAAGGAUUGUCCAGUGCGGCGCCGUGUUUGUUCGGUUUUGAUCUUGGAUUGUCUUUCGGACAUUUUUGGAACGCUUAUCCCAAAGUAUAUGAACGCAUUGAGGGUAUGCGUCCCGAUGAAAAGGAACACGGUAGCGAGUUCCUGAUUGAUCCGAAAAGCGGUGCGGUUUUAGCAGCGAGAUUCACUCUCCAGUUAAACUUAAUUGUUAGAGACGUUAGUUACAACAGUUUAACCAAACCAUUCAGUGAAAUGGUGAUACCUAUGACCUAUUUAAAAAUUGUUCAACCACCGUUACCAAACGAAGCAAAAAAUGUAUUCAGAUUUAUGUACCAAGUCCUUCCUAACAUUAUACUCGGUGUACAGAUUAUAAUAUUCGUAAUAGGUUUUAUAAUGAUCGCGUACACCGUCAGAAGCAUUUAUUGGCAGGUUAUUGUUAGAAAAGGUAUUGAUCUCUUAAAUGCAAGUAAUGAGAAAAGGAGGGUCCAUGUACCACGUUCAGAAACACUUCUAGUAGAAGAGAAACCUUUGGAUGAAUAUCGAUUGUACUCGAAUUAG